CUUUUUGUUUUGAGGUAGUCAGCUCAGUUUCGGUUUUCGGUAGCCUUUCCUUCUGCAUGUUUGGGUUGUCGAAUGUGUUUACAUGAACCAAGCCUCCUAAACAUAGCCGGCAAGUGUUUUAUGUUUAGUUUUUAUAGUUUUAACAAGUUUUAGGGGUUCCUCUAACAUUCAGUCGAUAGUUCAGUGAGUUUUCGACCAAAUCGUGUGCUAUCGUGAACGUGAAAACAGGAUUCAAUCCUGUUCAACAGGAGUUUGUGUGUGCUGCAAAAUCUAGUCAAUAUUCAUAAUAUUUUUGUCGUCGGCUUAUAAUUUACCGUAAGUGAUCUGUUGCAAUAAGUUUAUUAUCCACGUGAGUCUGUGUGAAUAUUUUUAGACCGGUUUUUGUGUUAUCAAGGACUUUGAGAUCUUCUGCUACUCAUGCUACAGAGACAGGAGUGAACUUGAUUUGGCUCAAGAUCGCACCUGGAUGAGAAACCUGUACCUUUGACCGAGAAAAGAGUUCAACCCUUGAAAUGGGGGGCUGCCUUAGUUCAGAGGAUAGGGUGACACCCUUCGGAAAUUCAGCGGUUGAUGGGGGUGGUCAGUCGAAAGCGGACUUCAAGGGACCAGUGAGACAACGAAGCUGCACUGAUCUAUUCUUCCUAAUCUUUAUGGGCAUGUUCAUUAUUAUUCUGGCAAUCCUUCUUGGCUACUGCAUCAGUCAUGGAAAUAUCUACAGGAUAAUAAACGGAUUCGAUAGCUGCGGUAACGUUUGUGGAAUGGUGACCAAAAAUGAAAACCCUGCCUAUCCUUGUCAGGGAAAAGACAUGACCGAUAAAAAAUUGAUUUCGAUUAGUGCGGCAAGCGGCAGACCGAUUGUGAAUCCCAAAUACGUGCACAGGGACUGUGUGGCUAAAUGCGAUCCUGACUACAUCCAAAUACUGAACCGGUGCGUAAAGAACACUACAAGCGAGGCGAUCAGCAAUGUAUUCUCGAAAACUGGACUCGGUAGCUUCUUCCAGGAAGUCUCCGAGGAUCUCCACGUGUGUUGGAAAGAAAUGCUCUACUUGUGCAUAAUAUCAUUUAUUCUGAGUCUGACACUGUUGUUCCUGCUGAGGUUUAUGGCGGGUUUUGUUGUGUGGUUUGUGAUGAUUGGUGCCGUUGUCACCAGCAUUGGAGGCACUAUCUACUUAUGGUUGGUUUACAAGCAGAAGAAUGCUGAAGAAAAGAGGGGUGAAAUCACCGAUCGCAUUACAAGGACCUAUUUCUACUAUGCUAUUAUUGCCACAAUUGUUACGUUCAUGAUACUUCUGGUAAUAUUUGUGAUGAGGAAACGGAUUCAGCUGGUCGUUCAGCUGUUCCAUGAAGCUGGCAAAGCCAUCAGUCGAAUGCCUCUACUACUGUUCCAACCUCUUGCGACGUUCUUUGCGUUAUUCGUCAUGAUCGCCAUUUUCUUGUACUUCAGCAUUUGGAUUGAAAGCUCUGGUAGAAUAAAUAAGUACGAAGAUAAUCUCUACUACAGCAAGGACACUGCUAUGAAGAUAACUCGCUGGUACAAUAUAUUCGCCAUGUAUUGGUUCACUCAGUUCUUCAUCGGUUGUCAGCACAUGAUUAUAGCUGGAUCUGUUGCCACAUGGUUCUUCACAAGAGACAAGAGCACCCUGAGCUCGCCUAUCAGCACUAGCUACUCCAACAUGGUGAACUACCAUCUGGGCUCCAUUGCACUGGGUUCCUUCCUGAUUGCCGUCAUCCAGUUUAUCCGCACCAUCCUCAAGUUCGUCGAGAAACAGGUGAAGGGUCAGACCAACGAGGUUAGCCGCUGCGUCUUCAAGGCCUGUCAGUGUUGUCUCUACAUCUUCGAGAAGUGUCUAGCCUUCCUCACCCGAAACGCCUACAUUGAGAUUGCGAUCUACGGAGUGAACUUUUGCACGGGAGGCCAGCAGGCUUUCAAAAUGCUUGUGACAAACGUGUUGAGAGUAGCAGCUAUCAACUCGGUCGGAGAUUUCAUUCUGUUUUUGGGAAAGGUUUUCGUGGUCGCCAUCACCCUUCUCAUUGGAACAUUCUUUAUUGAGAAAGAUGGAGUCCAACACAUGUGGGUCCCUCUGACACUCGUGGGUAUUUUCGCAUACCUUGUUUCACACUGCUUCAUGACUGUUUAUGAGAUGACCAUUGAUACAAUUUUUAUUUGCUUCUGUGAGGACUGUGAAAUGAAUGACGGAAUCAGCAAGCCCUACUUCAUGAGCAAGGGAUUGAUGGAAUUUGUCGAACACAGCCAGAAAGUAUUGUCUGUUGGAGACGGUCAAAGUUAAACUGCACAAUUUUAAAUUUUGCUACUAGUUUUAAGACGAUGAAAAUGGAAGCUGACAUCUGCAGCAACCCAAUUUUGUUUGUUUUCAAGUACGGUACCAAGUUUACGUUCCAAGGUCUGAAGAGAACAAUAUUAUCAUAAGACUGUUUGUACUACAAAGAAUUUUCCAUAUUUUUACUUCCUACGUUAUUACAGCUUCCUCACUUGUAUUUUUGUACUGAUCUGACGAACAAGUUAUUACAUAAUACAAAUUAAUAGUAUUUAGUUAGAUUUUAGUUUUCUUAGUGUAUUGAGAUUUAUAAAGAUUCAAGUUCUUAUCUGUGAGCUAAAUAUCGCCUGUGUGGAACUCGCAUUUGAUUUUAAAUAUCUAGAUGUGGUUGUAUAUUUUAAUACAGUGAAAGAUCAGCCAAAUGUAGUUAGUAAUGUAUUCCCAUUUUAAGAAUUCUAUGAUACUUUUAUCUAUUAUGAGAAAUAAUAUGUUGAACUGUGAUUACUGAUGUGAAUGCUAUUAUUGAAAGUAAUGUAAUUCAAUUUUGAGUAACCAGUAACAUAAUAAGAAAGUACCUACUUUUAAAAAAUCGAAGAAUUCCUAAUGAAGUAAAAGGCUAUUCAGUGUUAAAAACGGAAUUUUCACCUUAAUUAUCAAACUUUCAAUUAAUUUCCAUAUUCAUCUGCUUCCAAUUUUGAAGAUCAACAAGGAAGUACCUACUUUUAAAAAAUCGAAGAAUUCCUAAUGAGGUAAGGCUAUUCAGUGUUAAAAACGGAAUUUCCACCUUAAUUAUAAAACUUCCAAUUAAUUUCCAUACUCAUCUGCUUCCAAUUUUGAAGAUCAACAAGGUUUUUAUUAAUUUAAAUAUACUUCCUUACUUUUAUGGCUUCCAUUAUAUUUAUUUAUAGAUUUAUCUACUCUUUUUUGUCGUUGAACAUUGGAAAGUGAAACAGAUUAUCCCAAAAUAUCCCAAAAUAGAUUUCUUUCAUAAAAUUUGAGCAAAACAUUCCAAGGGUUAUUUUUUCAUAAAUAUCGUAUUUUAUGUUUGAAAAAAGAACUACCUAUACUUUUACUUUGAAUAAUUAAAAUUUAUUGGGAAGUUUACUAGAUUAUACCAUAGAGAAACAAUAGCGUAAGUUAUGCUAUUGUUUCUCUAUGAUCAUACUGUUUAUGCUGUAAUGAUUCAAACUGUGCCUCUAAAAUAAUUGUUUUUCAAGAAAUACAGUAUGCCUAUAACAUGAAAAAUUAACUUAACUUCAAAUAUUCAAAGUCUAUAAUUAUAUCUGGUGUUCAAUUACUGUGUUUAUUCAUUCCAGCUUUAUUACUUAUUCAUUGUUGUUUUUCUCAUUUCUAUUAUUAUAGGUAAAGUAGUAAAAGUGAACAAUUCCUCAAGUAUUCAAACUUCUUGACAUAUUGUUGUUGGUUUAAUUAAUUUAUUUAAUGAUCAAAUAUUUUGAUGUUGCCUGCUAUUUUCUUAUCAGUAUUCAUUUUCAAGUAAAUUGUUUUCAUUUUUAGUUGAUUAAAAUUUUGUUCAAUUGUAUUCCAUCAAAUUAAUUCAGUAUAUUCAUGUAUAAAUUUAGAAUAAUAGUUAUAAAUAGCAUUAGUUUUGUUACACAUCAACACUAUGUAUUGUUACCCGUUGAAAAUGAGUAUAAAUGUUUUCAAAUACAAUGAAUUAUAAAGCCAGCUUAGCAUUUUAUACUAUGAUUUUUAUAAAGUUUAUCAAUAUUGUAUUUUUCAAUAAAGAGUUUUGAUAAA